UCUGCGAUAGAUGAGAUUGAGAAGAAUGUAAAAUUCAUUAAAGACCCGGAAGAAGUAAUGGAGGAGGUCCGCAAAGGCUUAGAAAAGAAACAAGUGCCGCCAGCAGUGAUGAAGGAGAUAAGGCGCAAAAGCGAUAGGUCCCCAAUCAUGACGAAGAUUCAAGAAGCAUUGAAAAAAAAGAAGCUGUCAGCGUCAGUCAUGGACGACAUUGCCGCCCAUAUGGGUCCUGGAGAGAAAAGGACUGAAGUCAUGAAGAAAGUCCGCCAAGCCGUGGAAAAGGGUCGUUUGACUGCAUCCACUUUGUCAAUGAUAAGAGACAUAGAUGAAGCCAAACAAGCGAAAGAUAUGGAUAACGUACUCAAUGAACUUGAUCAAAAUACUGAAACGAAGUCCGAUGUUAUCAAUAAGCUACGUAUAGGUAAGUGAAGUGAUUGCUACACAUGACAACUGAA